AUGAGCAUUCUCCAGGGAAAGGAUGACAUAUUUUUGGAUCUGAAACAGAAAUUCUGGAAUACAUAUAGGAGUGGACUGAUGUACUGGCCUUUUGUCCAGCUGACCAACUUCAGCCUGGUUCCUGUUCACUGGAGGACAGCUUACACUGGACUCUGUGGUUUUCUCUGGGCCACCUUUCUUUGCUUUUCCCAGCAGAGUGGUGACGGCACUUUGAAGUCAGUGUUUACCUUCCUUCGUACAGAAAAGGCCAGUGCAGGUGAGAGGUCCCCAGAGAAAUGAGAAAUCAAGGACUCCUAAAGGGGCUAAAUUUUUGUCAUAAAAUGCACUGGAUUGCCUGCAGAGAACAUACUUGACUCACCAGUGAUGUGCUUCAUUUUGAAGAAUUACUUUAAAUUCUAAAAUUAUAGGCUUAUUUUAAAAAAUUAUCAAUGAUUAUUUUGAAUUGUAUGCAAAUCAUUUUUUACCCCAUUCUAGUCUGAAAGCCUUAACUUCUCUAAUAUUUUGUUUAAUAUCAAUAGAUGUGGCAAAAUGGCAUUUUAGAUUACUAUUACUAUUCCAAUAUUUUAAUGCCAGUUUCAGGAACCCUGGUUUCGAUUGUUUACAUCUCUAGUCUAAUGUCUCAGGUUAUCUCCUAAACAUUUUCUUUUGGGUCAGGUUACUUUUUAUAUUAAAAAUAGUCCUAUAGCAAAUUUCUCUUUACAUAGAAUUCAAUUAAGGAGAAGAUUGAAUAACCAGAUCUUCCCCCAAUAUUGCAUAAUACUUUAUUGUUAUGAUGAUACUAAAAUUCUGUUAGUACCUCUUUUAUCAUUAAAAAAGAAUAGUGUGUGGUCAAUAUGUUCUGCGUAGAAUGUAUUUUUUUAUUUUUAUUUUUUGAGUUGGAGUCUCACU